AAAUCUCAUAGCUAAGACGUGCCCAAAAAUAAAAAACGUUAUUCACAAUGGCAACACCAUCCUUUGAAUCCAGCCGAGCUCGAGCCAUGUGGCGGACUUGCCUAGCAUCCGCCCUUCGAACUGCCUUGGCUUGCACCAUAGUUGGUGUUGCAACCCUUUUUGGUCCACAAUAUAUCAAGAAGCAAGUCGCAUUCCCAGCUUUUUCCUACGUUACGAUUAUACUAGUUGUGACCGAUGCAACCUUAGGUGACACAUUUCGUGGUUGCUGGCUUGCACUUUACGCUACCAUUCAGGGCGUUUGUCCCGCUAUCCUAAGCCUUUGGUUAAUCGGCCCGGCCCGACUCACGGCCGGGACCACCGCAAUAGCAGUGGCUCUGAGCGCGUUCGUAGUGGUUCUGCCUGAAAAUACUCACUUGAUAGCGAAGCGCAUCGCGCUAGGCCAAAUUGUUCUUGUUUAUGUCAUAGCUUAUAUCAAUGGUGGCCAAACGGAAACUAUUAUGCAUCCGGUUCAUGUUGCGGCUAGCACAGGGCUUGGAGUUGUUGCUUGUGUUUUGGCCUUGAUUUUUCCCUAUCCAUGCCUGGCUUGUUGUGAGGUGAAACAGAACUGCAAGCUCUUUGCUGAAAAUGCUUCUGAGAGGUUUAACUUGUUUGUGAAGGCAUUUACUGCUGAAGACAACAGUUGUGCACUUGCUUUCAUUUCUCAAGCCAAGUCUUUAGUCAAAACAGGAUCCAAACUCCUCCAGGGCAUUAAAACCAAACAAGAAAGCAUGAAGUGGGAAAGAUUUCCAUUCAAGUUUUUAAGACCAUAUGGAGAGAACCCUGGAAGCAGAUUUGAAGAUGUUCAAACACCUUUAAGAGGAAUGGAAAUUGCCUUAGAUAAUUCUCCUUCAUUUCCUGUUGAAAUUCUUAACUCAGACCAAAAAUCUGUUCUACAUAUGCUUGGUGAGCACAUACCAAAGCAAGUCAACAACAUGUCUCUUGAGUCAUCAGCAACUGUGCCAGAGUCAAAUCAAGAAAAUACCCAAAAGUUCUUCCAAACACUUCAACCAACAAAAAAAGACCUUCCCUCUUUAUUCUUUUUAUUUUGCUUAAACCUCCUAUUAAACAAACCAAUUACCAAUUCACCAUCUUCCACUAAUCCCAAGCAACAAAAUCAACAAGGGUUCUUUCAAAAUUACUUGUCAAUUACCAAAAGUAACAAAAGGUUCAUGGCAGCUUUUAAAUGUUCACUUUCAUUAGGCCUAGCUAUAUAUUUUGGAUCAAUCUAUAGUAAGGACAAUGGAUUUUGGGCAGGGCUUCCAGUUGCCAUUAGCCUCGCGGGAUCGAGAGAAGCAACAUUCAAAGUAGCUAAUGUUAAGGCACAGGGGACUGUUUUAGGAACAAUAUAUGGUAUUUUAGGAUGUUUUGUCUUCGAAAAAUACGUUCAAAUUAGAUUCUUGUCUCUUCUUCCAUGGUUCAUUGUCAGCAGUUUUUUGAGACAAAGCACAAUGUAUGGCCAAGCUGGUGGACUUUCAGCUAUAAUUGGGGCAUUACUAAUUCUUGGUAGAAAAGGUUUUGGUCUACCAAGUGAAUUUGCAAUAGCAAGAAUAACAGAGACAUUUAUUGGAUUGUCCUGUUCUAUUAUAGUGGAAAUUUUGUUACAGCCUACAAGAGCUACUACAUUAGCAAAAUUGCAACUUUCCAAGAGUUUUGAAAUCUUGAAUGAGUCUAUUUCGUUGAUAAGCUUUGGAUCAAUUGGAAAUUUAGUGGAAAGUCAAAAUAAAUUGAAAUCGCACAUAAUUGAGAUGGGGAAAUUUAUCGCGGAAGCAGAGGCAGAGCCAAAUUUUUGGUUUGUACCAUUUCAUAGCGUUUGUUAUCGUAAACUCAUGGGGUCAUUAACAAAAAUGUUGGAGUAUUUACAUUUUGGGUCACAAGCUUUUAUGUUACUUGAACAAGAAUCAGGAGGAGCAAUUGACAAUUUUGUACAUAAGCUAGAUGGUGAUAUCAAGCUAUUCAAAGAUUUUGUUGGCUCUUCAAUGAAGUGUUUUGAGGAGGUUAGUUUGGUCAAAUCACUUGAAAUACUUGAUAAGGAAUUUGAGAAGAAGAAACUUUCAGUUGAUGUUGAAUUAGGAACAUCACAAAGUAGUAGUUAUUGUAAUAUAAUAAGGUAUGCAAGUGAAGAGGAGAUUGAUGAAAACUUCAGAUCUUAUUUUGAACAUUCGAAAGAGUUUGUGGACCAAAUUGUCAAUGGUGAGGAGUUGAAGGGUCAAGUUGUAUUAAGUUUGAGUGCAUUGGGUUUCUGCAUGGAUGGACUUGUGAAGGAAACAAAAGAGAUUGAGAAGGCAAUAAAAGAAGUUGUACAAUGGGAGAAUCCUUCAAGCCAUGUUAAUUUGCAUGAUAUUUCUUGUAAAGUAAGGGCUUUAGCAAAUAUUAUUGUAGCUAAUUAG